GUUCUGCCCUGGUCACAGUUCAUCAGCUGACACACAGGGAAGUUUGCAGGGCUCAUGGCUUCGUCCAAGUCUUUGGCCAAGUUCUGGGAAUGGGGCAGAAACAUCAUCUGCGUAGGGAGGAAUUAUGCAGAGCAUGCCCAGGAGCUGAAAAAUGCUGUCCCCAGCGAGCCCCUUUUUUUCCUGAAGCCUUCCUCAGCCUAUGUCCGGGAAGGAGACCCCAUUAUCAAGCCUUACUACUGCAACAAUCUGCACCAUGAGGUGGAGCUGGGAGUGGUGAUUGGGAAGAAAGCCCAUGCUGUCUCCCAGAAGUCUGCUAUGGACUACGUGGCAGGUUAUGCCCUGUGCUUGGACAUGACAGCCAGGGACACCCAAGCUGAGUGCAAGAAAAAGGGCCUUCCUUGGACCUUAGCCAAAGGCUUCAAUACGUCGUGUCCGGUGAGUGAUUUUGUGCCCAAGGAAAAGAUUCCAGACCCACACAAGCUGCAGAUCUGGCUCAAGGUAAAUGGUGAGCUGAGGCAAGAAGGGGAAACCUCUUCUAUGAUUUUCUCUAUCCCCUACAUCAUCAGCUAUAUCAGUGAAAUCAUCACCCUGGAAGAAGGGGAUCUGAUUUUGACAGGUAGCCCCAAAGGUGUUUCUGCCGUACAGGAGCAUGAUGAGAUACAAGCUGGAAUACACGGCAUCCUCAGUAUGCAGUUUAAGGUGGCACAGCAAUUGCGCCAAUCUUGAUGGGGGAAUCUGUUCGUUUCGUUUUGGGGAGCACUCUACAACAGCCUUUUAAAACAGCCAAAGAAUGAAAAAAUACCUAGAUGUCUGUUCCCCAGCAGCCUAAAAGAAUGUAUCGCCCAAUCCUCUUGGAAACAAUGAAGAACCAAAUGUACUGAGCUAAAUUAGGUUUUGUGAGCCUUCUUAUAAAGGCCCCAGAUAAGGACUACCACUGUUGUGACGGUCAAGCUUUCCACAUUAUUGAAUGGCACACAGAUCCAGCUAAAAAUAUGUAUAUGGUAGAGAGGCACUCAAGCAAUCUGGUUAAUGUGUUAUAUUUAAAGGAAGCAGCUUUAAAAAGGAGAGCUGGGAGUGUGUGAGAGAAAGGGAAUUGUUGUGAUGAAACACCAGUUUAGGAAGUACUCUAAUGAAAUUGGAUUAAAUUAAAUGUUCUGUCAUACUGUUUUUGCCCUAAUCCUAAAACUAAUUUAGUGCUCCAGGCAUAUUGUCUUUAAAAUAAACAUUGAUUUUUUGCUAAG